ACAAUGUCCGUUUUGGAUCUGUCUCCACCAGAUGAACCCCAACUUCGUGUCUCGUUCAUCCACGAACCCUAGGUAUAUCGAGAUAUAUCACGGGACACUCCGAGGGGACCGAUCCAUACUCGGGGUAGCAUCGAACACAUCCGGGACGCUUUCAUCCAUCCCGCCCUUUUUCUUGCGUUGCAAAGAGAAAAAAAAAGGGAACAGACUGUUUGAGCAUGCACCCCAUAACCAGUCAUACCUAGCACACACACACACCUCUAUGCCUAUGCCUAUGUAACGCGCGCGCCGCACUCUCCAGGAAGCACCCUAGGCCCAUCCAUCAUGGCGCCCAACUUCGGCGACCCCACGCUCUUCCCCACCUUCCAGGAGCUCUCCUCUUCCACACCCGCCUCCCCGCCUUUCCUCCUCGCUCAGAUCCGUGAGGACAUGACGAUCACGAAGCCGACGCUGAUCGUACGAGACCGGACGGGGGCCGAGUUCGCGGUGACGUUCGACGACGGGGAUCACCGGGGCCUGGACGCGCCGCCCUCGUCGUCGUCGGCGGCGCCGCACGAUCUGCUGACAGCGGGCGGCGGCGCCAGCGCGGGCAAGCGCUUCCGCCGCGGCCACACGCUUGUGGUGCCGGCGGCGGCGCGCGAGGCCCGCGGCGGGGGCGGCAAGAAGGACGUCGUGCGCGUCCCGCGCGGCGGCGGCGCCGCCGUCCGCGUGCUUCCCGCCCCGCUCGAGCGCGUGCUCGAGGUCGGCGCCGUGAUGGCGGCCGUGGCGCACGAGGAGAGGAGCGGCAGCGACGGCGAGGGGGGAGGGGCGAGACGGAAGACGCGGUGUGGGGCGUGCGGAAAGGACGAGGACGAGGGAGAGGGAGAAGAGAAAGUGUCGCUGAUGCGGUGUACCGGGUGCGGCACGGUCGCGUAUUGCAGCAAGGCCUGCCAGGUCCGCGGCUGGAGCGAGCUGGACCACAAGACGAACUGCAAGCUUAUCCGCGCUAUCAAGGAGAUAUGGCCCUGAGCGCGCGCCUCCUCCUACGGAUAGGGAGCGGGCACUGGGGCUGGGGCUAGUUCGCCUACCUGGGCUCUGGGUUCUGGGGGCUCGACAGUUCGCCGUAGGUGCACGGCAGCUCUAGGGCGGAAAAUAGGCCGGAUGCUGAAUCAGGGUGUCGGGAUCGAAGGGGAGGUUUUGUAUAUGAAGGUGGUUUG